GAUCUCCGAGAAUGGCUUCACGUAUCAUCCUAAUCACGGGUGCCAACCGAGGUAUUGGGUUCUGUAUAGCCCAGGUACUCGCACAAAAGAAUGUCAAAGACACUGUUAUCGUCACAGCUCGUGUCCAAGAUUCGGCGUCACAAGCAAUUCAAAAGCUGGAGGAAUUCAUACAUGCGCUGGUCUCGAUGAUCCAAGAGAGGUAUGGUAGGCUUGAUGGCAUCGCAGCAGUUCCAAGUCCAGACCUGUCAAACUACCGUCAGAAUACGAUUUUGGAUACAAACGUUACCUCGGUCGGCCUGAUGACCACGCUUCUGCUGCCACUCCUGCUUAAGUCUCAGAAUCCCAAGGUCAUCAACAUCUCUUCCGGUCGCGCAUCCAUCACAAGGCUCACCUCAAAUGAUCUUCCUGCGACAGUCAGUGUACCUUAUAGUGUCUCAAAGGUCGCUCUCAAUGUCAUGACUCUCGAGAUGGCCAAAGCUGAACCGAGGGUCACCUUCUACCUGGCUAAUCCUGGCCAUUGUAAGACUGAGUUCAAUGGAUACAAAGGCGUANNAAAGGAUCCACUGCUGGGUGCUGAGGUGGCUGCCAAUCUUGUUCACGGCGACUACAAGAGUGGCUUCUGGCACAACGACGAAGGAGAGAUGGAGAUGAUGCCUUGGCAGGUUUAC